UCUGACUACGAACCUGAAUAUGAAAUAUUAUCUCCUGCUUCAGCAGAACAAUGGGAUGAUGUAGGAUGUAUGUCUGCAGAUGGUCCUGUUUCUACUUCGGGAAGUGGGAGGCCUAUGGAAAAGGAUCUUGAUACUUCAGGUAGAGAGAGUGAAGCGAAUCAGCCGUCAACAUCAGCCUUUAAGUUGUCCAAAGAGCUUGACCAUGAAAAGGCAGCUAUGGCCUUCGAAACAAACCCAAUGUCAGAGCUCGAUAAUGAGAAGACUUAUGAAAUCGAAGAUUUGGAAACUCUAAUGGCUGAAAUUGGUAACGUGCGCAAUGGCUUGAGGUUGAUGCCUGACUUCCAGAGGAGGGAGAUGGCUGCGAAGCUGGCCAUGAAAAUGGCUGCAAUGUUUGGAGACAGUAGCGCCGGUGAGGAGGAUUUGGUUGAUUAGAGCAAUAAGAGUAUACCAAUUAGACUCCGAUUUAAAUCCUAUAGUUUGUCUGUCGCCGUAAAGAAAAAGCAGAAUCAGCUUGCCUACGUAUUUAAAGAGAAGCGGGCGACUAUCAACUGUUGUUCACUUGCACUAAGCACUGUCUUUGAGCAAUGGGAAAGCACAAGUGAAGUUUAGAGGUUAGUUCUCAAAAGAACAUGACGCUAAUAUAUGGGUUUUGUGAAUUUAUGUGUAAUUGGGUAAAAGUUUUUGUGUGCAAUAUUAAUAAAACUCCCAUGUUUUCUUGA